GUAUUUUGCCCUGAGUGAUAGUUUGAACACCAAGAAAAGCGAUGGAGGAAAACGAUAAGAAACAUCACCGCAAGAGACACAGUGGGCCAAAGGCUGGCAAGAAAAAGAAGCGUCAUUUGAAAGAUUUAGGGCUUGAAGAUGAGGAGGAUGCCCGGAAAAGAAACCCAAAGGCCUUUGCAGUCCAAUCUGCAGUCAAGAUGGCCAGAACUUUCCACAGGACCCAGGAUUUGAAGAUGAAAAAACAUCACAUUCCAGUGGUUGACCGCACUCCAUUAGAACCUCCUCCUGUGGUUGUGGUUGUGGUUGGCCCUCCAAAAGUUGGAAAGAGCACCUUGAUAAAAUGUCUUAUUAAGAAUUUCACCAGGCAGAAGUUAGUUGAAAUCCGGGGCCCUGUAACAAUUGUGUCAGGUAAAAAGCGUAGGCUUACCAUAAUUGAGUGUGGAUGUGAUAUUAAUACAAUGAUUGAUCUAGCUAAAGUUGCCGAUCUGGUUUUAAUGCUCAUUGAUGCCAGCUUCGGAUUUGAAAUGGAAACAUUUGAAUUUUUAAACAUUUGCCAGGUACAUGGCUUCCCCAAAAUUAUGGGUGUUCUUACGCACUUGGAUACCUUCAAGAAUAACAAACAGCUCAAGAAGACUAAAAAGAGAUUGAAACACAGAUUCUGGACAGAGGUUUAUCAGGGUGCCAAAUUGUUCUAUCUCUCUGGGAUGGUACAUGGAGAAUAUCAGAAACAGGAAAUCCACAACCUGGGGCGCUUUAUUUCCGUAAUGAAAUUCCGUCCCCUUAUGUGGCAGACAUCUCAUCCUUACGUCCUAGCAGACAGGAUGGAAGACUUGACAAACCCAGAAGAUAUCAGAGUUAAUCCAAAGUGUGACAGGAAGGUUUCACUUUAUGGUUACUUAAGAGGAACACACUUGAAAAACAAAAGUCAAAUACAUAUGCCAGGCGUUGGGGAUUUCACAGUGAGUGAUGUCAGUUUCCUGCCAGAUCCAUGUGCGCUCCCUGAACACCAGAAGAAGCGUUCCUUAAAUGAGAAGGAGAAGCUGAUUUAUGCACCACUGUCAGGUGUUGGGGGCUUAGUUUAUGAUAAAGAUGCGGUUUAUAUCGACCUUGGAGGAAGUCACACACAUAAAGAAGAAGAGGAGGAAGCAAGACCAAACCAUGAACUAGUCCAGAGCCUCAUCUCUACACACUCCACUAUUGAUGCCAAAAUGGCGUCAAGCAAAGUGUCUCUCUUCAUGGAUUCCCAACCACUAGAGACUGACAUUGACAACCAAGGUCUGUUUGAGAUGCCUAAAGAAGAGAAGGAAACUGACCCACAUACUGGGAGGGUACGUCGGAAGGCACUAUUUGAAGAUGAGGAAAAAGAAGAUGGCGGUAGUGAUGAGGAGGAAGAUGAAGAAAUGUCUGAGAGUGGUAGUGACGGUGAUGACGAGGAUGGGGACGGGCAACAAAGUGAUGAAGAUUUUCCAGAUCAGGAGCUGGCCUUGAGAUCUUCCAAGCGUUUUAAAAAAGAACCCAAACAAGGAACCCUAACAGAACUUCCAGCAUUUGCCGAUAGCGAUGACGAUCUUGAGAUAAGUUCAGGUGAGGAAGAAGAAAUGGGCCUUGAUGGGGACGGGGAAGAUGGAGAAGGAGAUGGACAAGGAAGCGAGGAGGAGAGAGUUGCGUAUUCUGAAUCUACAGCCAGAAACACAGAUUUAUUGAAUAGGUCUGCAGGUGGUGAAAUGGACAAAGAGGAGAGAAAUAGUAGAAAUCUGUGUAGAAAAGUGGCUGCUGCUACAGAUUCUGGAAAUGGGACAGCAGAAGAAGCAUCAGCAUCUGAGAUGGAAGAAUCAUCUGAGGAGGACAAAGGAGAAUCAAUGGAAGAUUCUGAUACGGAAGAAUCUGACGGGGAAGAUUCCCAGCCGCAGUGUUCUGGAGUUAAAACACAGGAAUCAAAGUCUGACAAAAGCGAGGAUGAUGUUGAAGGUCUGUUGAAAGAAGAAGAGGAGUAUAAAGAAGCAUCUGACUUUUCUCUAGAUACAGUUGGUGCGCUUAAGUGGAAAGAAGGCAUUACUCAAAAGGCAGCUGAAGCAUUUCUGAGGCAACAACAAUCGGCUCCCAAUCUUCGCAAACUUAUUUAUGGAACAGUGGCUGAGGAUGAGGGGGAGGAAGAUGAAGAAAACAAUGAGCUUGGAGGCUUGUUCCGCAUCAGCCGUCCCAACGAAGAAUCGAAGCGAAAAGCCGAUGCCCUUGACUGCUCCAAAUUCCCUGUGGAAACCCCACAAGAUUGGGACUUAGACGAGGUUAUGGACAGUAUCAGAGACUGUUUUGUGACUGGAAACUGGGAAGCCGAUAAAGAUGCUGCUAAACUGUUGAAGGAGGAUGAAGAAUUAUACGGCGAUUUUGAAGAUCUUGAGACAGGAAUUGUACACAAAGGCAAAGCAGCUGAUCAAGGAGAUGAGGCAUCAAGCGAAGAAGAGAAAGAGAAUAACAAUGGGAAAGAUGACAAAUCUGGUGAAGAGGAAGAGGAAAAGAAGAAGCGCAUGGAUAAGAAACGCAAGCUGAAGAGGAUGUUUGAUGCUGUGUAUGACGAAGGAGAUGCCACCUACUUUGAUGACCUAAAAGGGGAAAUGCAGAAACAGGCACAGCUUAACCGGGCUGAAUUCGAAGAUCAAGACGACGAGACCAGAGUUCAGUAUGAGGGAUUCCGGCCCGGAAUGUAUGUACGGAUAGAACUGGAGAACGUCCCAUGUGAGCUGGUUCUGCAUUUUGACCCACACUAUCCAAUUAUCCUGGGUGGCCUGGGAAACACCGAAGGAAAUGUCGGAUAUGUGCAGAUGCGCUUGAAGAAGCAUCGUUGGUACAAGAAAAUACUCAAGACUCGCGAUCCUCUCAUUUUCUCAUUGGGCUGGAGGAGAUUUCAGACGAUCCCUAUGUACUACAUCGAAGACCAUAAUGGCCGUCACAGGCUACUCAAGUAUACACCACAGCAUAUGCACUGUGGGACAACUUUUUGGGGUCCUAUCACGCCACAAGGAGCAGGAUGUCUGGCAAUCCAAUCAGUGAGCGGAGCAACACCUGAUUUUCGGAUAGCUGCCACUGGAGUUGUGCUUGACUUAGAUAAGUCCAUAAGAGUUGUGAAGAAAUUAAAGUUGACCGGUUUCCCAUUCAAAAUUUUCAAGAAUACAGCAUUUAUCAAGGGGAUGUUUAACUCUGUACUGGAAGUGGCCAAGUUUGAAGGCGCAGCCAUUCGUACUGUGAGCGGCAUCCGAGGUCAGAUUAAAAAAGCCCUGCGGACACCCGAGGGUGCCUUCCGAGCCACCUUUGAAGAUAAGUUGCUAAUGAGCGAUAUUGUUUUCUUGCGGACUUGGUAUCCUGUCUCUACCCCAGCCUUCUAUAACCCAGUGACUUCCUUGCUAAAGGCUGUGGGUGAAAAAGACUCCUGGGCAGGAAUGAAGACAACAGGCCAGCUAAGGCAUGAGAAGGGCAUCAGACUAAAACAAAACAAAGAUUCUCUCUACAAGCCUGUAAUCCGAGAAAAGAAACAUUUCAAUAAACUGCAUAUUCCAAAAGCGCUUCAGAAGGCUUUGCCAUUUAAAAGCAAACCUAAGCUUCAGGAAGGAAAAGGAAAAGUCACAAAGGACAAGUGGAGACCAGCUGUUAUCAGGGAGCCUCAUGAAAAGAAGAUUGCAGCACUUCUGUCUGCUUUGGGUACGGUACACAGUUACAAGCUGAAGAAAGCCAAGGCGAAACAUCGGCAGCAGCUUAAAGAACAUCUCAAAGGGAGGCAGAAGGAGGAGGAAGGGAAAAUAAAGAGGCAGAAAGAAGCAAAGAAGAAGCUCUUUCGCAUUAUUGGACAAAGGGAGAAAAAGCGGCAGAAAUCAAGCCUGAGAGGAACUGCUGAAAGGGAGAAGUGAGUUUUCAGCAGCCACCUGAAGGAAGUGAGAAGACAUUUUACCCUGGAGUGCCCAGUUAAGAGCAAGACCCAAAAAUACUGUUAAUAAUGUUCUGGACUCCAAUGAACUUGCCUUGGA